CUUCUGACGUGACCCGCACCCCACUUCUGACGGGACCCGCACCUCACUUUUGAGGGAGCCGGCACCUCACUUCUGACGGGACUCGCACCCCACUUCUGAUGGGACUCGCACUCCAAGUCUGAGGAGCCCGCGGACACGUCGGAGGGAGUCCGCACUCACAUCUAACCGGCCCGCAUGGGGGACACGGCGCCGCCGCAGGCGCCCGGGGCGGGGCUGCCGCGCGUGCACAGCGCCAUCGUGGAGCGCCUGCGGGCGCGCAUCGCCGUGUGCCGCCAGCACCACCGCAGCUGCGAGGGCCGCUACGAGCGCGGGCGCGCCGAGAGCGCGGGGCGGGAGCGGGAGAGCACGCUGCAGCUGCUCAGCCUCGUGCACAGCGCGCCCGCCGCGCGGAGGCCGCCCCGCCCGCGGCCCCCAGACCCCGCCCCGACGGCCGGAGACCCGCGCACCUCGGCGGCGCUGCUCGCGUUGCAGGGCUCCCUGAAGAGGAAGCAGGCGGUGGCCCCGUCUCCCACCAGCAGCCAGCGGCCCAAUGGCUUUGCCGAGGGCGCCUUCCUGGACGUGAAGAGGGUCUGCGUCGGGGACGGCCUGGACUCCGGGAAGGGCGGCCUCCCCACCGGUGACAAACAGAGCAUCCUAGGGCCCAGCAGGCUGAGUGCAGGGAGCCAGCUGCCCCCCAGGAGACCAGCCUCGCCCGGGCCCAGCCUGCUCCCCGGGGGCUUGAAAGAGGUGAAGAAGGAGCCAGGGGAGACGCCUUCCUGCAGCCAGCACAGUGGUGACGGACUCUUCCCUCCGCCCUAUGGGGAGGACCCCGGGGAGCUGCUGAUGGACCCCGAGCUGCAGGAGCUCUUCAAUGAGCUGAGCAACAUGGCAGUGCCGCCCCUGAGUGACCAGGAGUUGGAGCACAUGAUCAGCGCCACCAUUAAGCAGGACGACCCCUUUGGCAUCGACCUAGGCUCGAGGGGCAGCCCCCGGCCAGUCACGGCCCCUGACAGGACGCCCAUCAAGAGUGAGCUGGCCCCUGGGCCCUCCUCCUCGGCCCAGCUGCGGCCCCCAUCCUCUGGCCCGGCCUUCCCUGGGUCCAGCGCCGCCCUGCCCUCUGUGUCCCCCGGCCAGGCCCCUCCUCAGGCGGGAAGGCGGCUGCACCCAGGCUGGCAGGAGGUGUCCCACGCCCAGCAGCUCAAGCAGAUCGCGGCCAACCGCCAGCAGCACGCCCGGCUACAGCCGCCAACCUCUGCCUGGCCCGGCCUGGCCACCCCGGCGGACCCCAGCUUCCAGCAGGACAAGAUACCCAGCCCUGCCUUCACUCAGCAGCCAGCCUUUGGGGCACAGGGCUCCCCCCUGCCCGGGGCUAAGGUCUUGCCCAGCUACCCGUACAAGGGAGGCCACCUGGAGGUUCUCCUGCAGCCCAAGGCCCAGGACCUCACCCCAGGCUUCCUGCCUACCCUGCACGCCACCAAGCCCCUGUUCCAUUUUAGCCCUGAGCCAGCGGCCACCACAUUGUCCUCAGGCCCACCUGCCCAGAGCAAGCCUUCUCUCUUGCACUUCAACCACCCUCCAUCACAGAGCCCUGCCACAGCCCAGAAGCAGCAGCAACAGCAACAGCAGCUAAAACAGCAACAACAGCAACAGCAUCUACAGCAGCAGCAACAGCUACAACAGCAGCUGCAGCAGCAACAACAACAGCAGCAGCAACAGCAACAACACCAACAUCUACAGCAACAACAACAGCAGCAACAACAGCAGCUACAGCAGCAACAGCAACGGCAACUGCAGCAGCAACUACAGCAGCAACAACAGCAGCAGAAACAGCAGCAACUACAGCAGCAACAACAGCAACUACAGCAGCAGCAACUACAGCAGCAACAACAGCAACUACAGCAGCAACAACAACAGCAACUACAGCAGCAACAACAACAGCAACUACAGCAGCAACAACAGCAACUACAGCAGCAACAACAACAGCAACUACAGCAGCAACAACAGCAACUACAGCAGCAACAACAACAGCAACUACAGCAGCAGAAACAGCAACUACAGCAGCAACAACAGCAACUACAGCAGCAACAACAACAGCAACUACAGCAGCAGAAACAGCAACUACAGCAGCAACAACAGCAACUACAGCAGCAACAACAACAGCAACUACAGCAGAAACAACAGCAACUACAGCAGCAGAAACAACAGCAACUACAUCAACAACAGCAGCAACUUCAGCAGCAACAACAACAGCAACAGCAGCAGCAGCUACAACAACAGCUCCAGCAGCAACAACAGCGGCAGCUCCAGCAACAGCAUGUUCCACAGCCGCAGCUCCCGCUAGCAGUACCAGGCCAGCCCGCACGGAGGUUGCCGCUGCCUCUUCAGCAGAAGCUGCUGCUGCACAGGCUGCAGAGCCCACCAGCCAUAGGCCUGGGCUGCCAGGCACCCGCGCAGCCCAGACAGGAGAAAACGGCAGCGCAAGACCAGCUGAGCAGGCACUUGAGCAGACCGCCCCCGGACUACAAAGACCAGAGGAGGAGCGUGGGUAGCCUGCCGCCCGCUACCCAGUUCCCAGGUGACCCCGCAGUGGCAAGUGUGAGCUCCAGCCCCGCGUCCUCGUGCACCAGCUUCAGCCCCACAGCCAGCCUGCUGGGCACGGUGCACGGGGCCCGGCCACCCUUGCCCUCGGGGACGCAAAGCCUGGGGCUCUACGGGGCUCUGCCCUGCAGCCAGCCCAGCCCCUAUGGACCGCCACAGAGGAGCCCUGGCCGGGCGCUGGCCAGCCCCAACCACUCUGCCGUGCUGCCCCUGGGGACCAGCGGGAGCAGCAGCACGGUAGCCGGUGCCCAGCAGUCCAGGCCGAGCCAGAGGACGCCCAGUGCCGUGGCCACAUCCAGCCCCCCUGCACCUGGCUGGGCCACACAGGAAGCAGCAGACACGCAGCAGGACGCCCUCAAGCCCCCGGGAGUCCAUCCCCCCGCGGGUCCCCCCUCAGCCUACACACCCGCCCAGGCCUUGCAGCAGGUGCUGGGGGGCCAGCCGUUCCCCCCCGGCCAGAUGAGAUCCCCGAGCCAAGCCAGCCAGACGCUGAACGGACCUGCACUGGGGCCACUCGGGGGCCUGAGCCUCAGGCCCGGCCAGCUGGGUACGCAGGUGGCAUCUACUGCCAGCCAGUCCAGGACAGGCCCCGGCCAACCGCCGGCCCUGGCCCCAGGCGCCUUCCCCUCCCCGGGGCCCACCGCCAGGGCUCUCCCAGGAGGCGAGCAAGCCGGCAGCCGCGAGGUGGCUUUCGACUUCCUGGGCCCCGUGCAGGACAGCCUGGGUCCCGGCCUGAGCGGCGACGCAGACUUCAUCGAGUGCCUGCUGAAGACGGAGCCGGGGAGUGAGGACUGGAUGGCGGGCAUCAACCUGGAUGAGAUCCUGGGCAACAGCUCCUGAGGGCAUCAGGCCGCCCCCAGGGCUCCCUCCCGGGGAGGCAGAGCAAACGAGCGCCGGUGGGCCUGAGGCCCAUGCCCAUUUGGCAUCUCAGCCCAGACAGUAUGGGCUGGGGGGCGUGGGGGGUGGCCUUGCCUGCCCCAGACUCCUUCAGGGCCGUCGUGUCCAGUCUGUGCACGCAGGACCGUGAUGGGAUGCUGGUGUGGAGCGCGGCACAGGCAUCCCAGGUUCCUCUCCCCCUGUCCCCUGUGUAGACGCUGGGCGUCCCGGGUUCCUCUCCCCCUGUCGCCUGUGUAGACGCUGGGCGUCCCGGGUUCCUCUCCCCCUGUCGCCUGUGUAGACGCUGGGCGUCCCGGGUUCCUCUCCCCCUGUCGCCUGUGUAGACGCUGGGCGUCCCGGGUUCCUCUCCCCCUGUCGCCUGUGUAGACGCUGGGCGUCCCGGGUUCCUCUCCCCCUGUCGCCUGUGUAGACGCUGGGCGUCCCGGGUUCCUCUCCCCCUGUCGCCUGUGUAGACGCUGGGCGUCCCGGGUUCCUCUCUCCCUGUCGCCUGUGUAGACGCUGGGCGUCCCGGGUACCUCUCCCCUGUCGCCUGUGUAGACGCUGAGCUGUACAGGCACCUCACGCCCAGCAGCCAGCAGCAGGCACUUCCCUCUGCCCUCCCGCUGGCCUGUCCCUGUGCGUCCAGGGAGAGGGAAGUCCUCUGGUCUGAGUGUUGGGGAGCCGGUGGGCUGUGGAGCGUCUCCCCCGCAGCUGCCGGUUCAGCUGCCCAUGCCUCCCGCGCAGGCAGCGUCUCACCUGAGGGAGGGGUGUGGUGCUUGCGCCACAGCUGAGUCCUCUUUGAAGUCCUAACCUGGCUGUGUCGGAUUCCUUCUCUGCACCGGUUCUUGCGGUCAAAGUGGAAGCACCGACGGCCUCCCACGGCCACCGCUGUAGGAGGCACACCGAGCACCGGUGCCCUGGGCUGUGUGAGACCCAGCCUGCAGCUCUCUGCCUGAUGUCACGACCAGAGGCCACUGUGCAAAGAGACUCAGCUCAGAGACUCAGCAGAGAUGGGGAAGCGCUAAAAAGCAGUCCGGCACCAGCCGGGAGGCCGUAAGUGGGCACAAAUCCAUCCCACAGGGUCUCAAGGAGCAUCACCAAGAGAGGGACACCCGGCCGCCUCUGGCGCGGGGCUGGGCAGGUAGCCUGUGCUCUCUCUGCCCCUGAGUUUGCCGUGAGGAGCCCUGGCCGUCCGCUGACUGGGACCUUUCAGCCAGGCUUUGCUACUCAAGACUGAGCAGAGCCUCCCAGAGCCCGGCUUUUGGGGCUCAGAGCCCGCGUGCCGGCCGACUGCAGCAGCGGGGAGCUUGCUGGCCUGGGGUCACUGUCGUCCGCCCCGUGACAGACAAGCACAGACUCUCCAAUGCCGUUGCCGCUGGAGCUGUCAUACAGUCUCGCCUUUCGUGCCUGACCCAGAAGAAAUGCUGUCGAGAGUCCUGCUCUUUAAAAUGUCUAGAAGUUCUCUCUCUUUCUCUCCCCCUCUUUUACACAAAUCUCGGGGCCUAGAAUCUCUUCUGUGCCCAGGUUGUAAAUAUAAAGAAAUCACUGGGUUUGUAAAGAAUAUUUUGGUAGAGAUACUUAAAACAUAUUCUCUGGCUUAUAUUUAUACACAUGUGAAAUAAAUAUACUAUCAGAAGGUUAUAUUUUAUACAAGAAGUAAACCAUCACCUUUUGUAAGCAGACACAGAGUUUUGUAUGAUAAGGCAUCUGUAUUUCAGCUCCUGGAGGCAGACAACCAGGAGGGUUGGAGGGAGGACUGUGUACAGGAAGCUCAGCAAGCAAGGAAGCAUUUCGGGUUUCAGUCCGUCCAUCCCCCCUCCUUCUUCUAGCUCUCCAAAUAUUUUAGAAUUGUCUUCUCAAGUUCUUUUGGAUGAUUCUGCCAUGUGCUGGCACAGUAUUCUGGUUGGCUGUCUUUCUGUUGUAUUUAAGCAGCGUCCCUCUCCCAGGGCAGGCAGCAUGGAGAGUGAUGUUCAGAACAUCCUGCCAUUCUCUCUCCUUGCCCUGCCCCAAGUUCCCGCAUAGACCUGCCAGCACUCAGCCCCCCCACCCUGAGUCCACAGUUUUUAUCCUGAUGUCAGUAGUAUUGUCCUAUAGAAGCUACCGGAUCGCCAGCUAAAGCCAUCAGAAUGUUAGGAGUUUCUGCUCUCUGAAUGUGAAUUUCAUCAUGUCUAUUUAUUUGGCUUUUCAUUAAAAUGCAGGAGUCUUUGGAAGA